AGAUUUGCGCUGACGAAAUUUCCCGGAUGACACCCCGCCAUAUUUGUUUAUGAACCCACUUAGCUUCCUGGACAAGAAGACAGAUAUAGUAUCAAUGGUGGGUUCUAACUAAAGUACAUCAUCACUGUACCCCCUAAAAUGGCAGGUGAAUUUGACCCAGAAGAUAAAUACAGUUGGUAUUUCGGAACCCUGUCCAGGGAAGAGACAAAUGAGAUUUUGAACCCUACAGAUUCUGGUGUCUUUCUGGUCCGUGACAGCCAAUCCAUAAAGGGAGAUUUUGUACUCUGUGUUAAAGAAGAAAACAAAAUUAGUCACUACAUAAUAAACAGAGUCCACGUGGGGACAGGGACAAGGUUCAGGAUUGGUGACCAAGAGUUUUCCGACAUUGCUAGCCUUUUAAGCUUUUACAAAACACACUAUCUAGACACUACAUCACUUAUCAAGCCUGCACCGAGGGACAAGGUUGUUGCCAAAUUUGAUUUUCCAGGCAGAGACCCCGAGGAUCUGCCAUUCAGAAAGAGCGAGGUGUUAGACGUCAUUUCUAAGGAUGAAAAAGACUGGUGGACCUGUAGAAACAGCAGAGGAAAUGUGGGCCAGGUCCCUGUACCCUAUGUCUCAAAGAUUGAUCCCAACGGUCCCCCUGUGGUCGCUGUUCCCCCACCUCCCCAGUCACCUCCAUCUCCCUCUCCAGCCCAGCCAAUCAAAGAGAUUCAGCUUCCUGCAAAUGCUGUAGUCAUUCACCAAAGGAUACCAAGUGCAUAUGAUCGAACACAACUCAAGCUAGAGAAAGGUGAAAUUAUUAUUGUGACAAAAAUGAACUCUAAUGGACUCUGGGAAGGAGAGGUGAAUGGAAAGAAAGGAAUGUUCCCAUUUACCCAUGUGAAAUUUUUAGAGGAUAAUUCUGAGGAUGGAACAUAACAGGAUUCUAGCUAUUAUUAACAAAUUUACAAUUAAGUCUAUUAAUAGUGCUGAUGUAAGAAUAUGGAGUCUUGGAAUAAUCUCCCAUGCUGGUGCUGCAUUAUUAAUCUGAUUACCAAAAAAAAAACUGAAAAAGAGUCUGUGUUCUGUCCAAAAAAAGAUAACCUGUUUUGCUGAGAUGUGUUCCAGGGUGUAUGGAAGGCCAAUCCGUCUGUUUAUGUCUCUGUUAAUUGAGGACCAAAUAUUGUUUGUGCUUCACAGAAUCAUUAGAAUUAGGUUCAUGUACAACAUAUUAGCAUUAGAAGAGGGCAAUGAAUUUGAAUGUAAUGGAUACUCUGAAAAUUCAUUUGAUUGUCUCUUAGAGAUAUAUACUAAUAUAUGGUGUCAUAAUUGGAUAAGAAAUGAAUUACCUGUAUAUUUAAUACAAAAUGUUCAGAAAUGAUUGAACACACAAUCAGAAUAUUUGCAUGUAAUUUUGUGUUUUGUAUUUGACUAAUCAUAUCAGUAUUACAGUGGAUGGAGAGGUGACAGAAUAUAAUGGAUGGUGUAUUACUACUGGGGUGUCUCUCUGUCCGUUCUAUAUCCAAACUCUGAAUACUGUGGAAUCUACGUCAUGGCGGCUUGUAUGCUUCUUCAUUGCUCAUUUAUAGUGAAUUUACAGCAAACAUUUGUAUCAAUUUUGUAUGGGUGUUUCUAAUUUUAAUAUUUAACAGAGGUCAAUUUGAACAAAAAUUCAUCCACACACAUGUGACAGGGGUUGAGAUUACUAGCUGGUUAAUGAGAUAGUCAGUCAGCUGGUUAAUGAGAAAGAAUUCAAAAGUAAUGCAUGUUAUAGCCCUGCAUGAAUAAAGGUUAGCCAGUCAUGAUGAACAGGUAGAGGUGUCUGAACAACUGUGAUGUGACUCUCAAUUCUGUAUUAAAUGAUUACAUUACCUCUCAGGAGCAGGAAGUCUGUGAAUUUUAAUUGCGAACAUGACUGAGAGAUUCAUACAACGUUGAAAAUUACUCACUAUGCAUAAUAUGAAAUUCAUUUAGGAAUAUUUUCUCAUUUAUACAAAGUUGUUUUUGAACUAUAUUUCAAAAAAGGCUUCAAUUUUCCCCUAGAUGUAAAAGCAUCAUUGAUCUUUAUAUUAGUGAUUCCACGGUAUUCUCCGAGUAUGUUAUUUCAAAUCCUUACAUGUCCUGUUCUUCCAGAAAUACAACGAAAUAAACAGAUUUAAAUCUCUUGGUUCAUUCGAUUUAUACAAUGAAGAAAUAUAUGUAUCCGUAGGGUUUUCCCCUUUAUUAGGAAAUAUUGUGUCAUAUUGAUGAACUGCUCUGCUUUGCAGUAUGGCUUGAUUCUGCUAAGUUUCUAAAUUGACUGGCUCAUUUUCAAAUUUGUAGCUAUUUAUCUUUGAACUUUGGGAAAAUUAAUUUCUGAUAUUUAACAGGUAUGCAGUUGUUUUUUGAAAAAUCAUGAAUUGUAAUCAUAUUGAUGUAUUCAUUUUUGAGAAGUAAAUUACCUUGAGAGGAGGUUUAUAUUUGUUUAUGAUUUAUGUGUGUGUGUGUUUUGUAGAAGAAAAACAAUUUAGGAAAGAAUUUACAGAUUUAAAAAGAUAUUUUAAUCCAUUGAAAUGGCAGUACAAUUGAUUUGUUUUUCAACUCCAUCAGAUGCUAAUCAUUUGUGUAAUAUACAUCCAUGUUAUUUAUGUGUUUUGUAUUGCUGAUGUAGAUGUUACAGUGUCUGAAGUGUGCUUGUAAAAGUUAUAUUCAUGUAGUGCAUUGUAAAUUGAUGUAUUUAACAUUAAUUAAGAUAUCAACUAUCCUUAUUUAAGUGAUUAUCUUCUCUCUUUAUGUCAGAGCAAUUUUUAUGACCAAUGCUUUGAUUCUCAUGAAUUUCAUGGUAAUGACUAUCUUCACAGCAUGUAGAUGUGUUAGAUCGCCAGGAAUUUUUUUCAUUACUACCUGAUACAGGAUUUAGAAACAUAUUUUACUAGUACAUAUGGGACCUCAAAGCAUGAAUGUACUACCUUAAAGGGGCGUGGGCACAAUUUUUCAUUGAUUGAUAUUGACAGUUUUUCUGUGAUAGAAAUAAAGAUCUUUUAUGAAUAAGUGGAUUAAAAGUAUUGUUAAACAGGAUAUACUCAGUAUUUACAUAAAAUGCAGCUCCCAAAAUCGUGUUUGUAAAGCAAGGUGUUUGUCUAUAUCUAGAGUGAUUCGAAUGUGCGUGCAUUUCGUAGGACUGUAAACAAACGCCUGUCAUUAGCCAGGAAAAUACGUGCAGAGGGAAGAACAUCAAGAUCUCUUGUGAAAAGUAUUCAACAGUUUGAUGUAGGUUAGUGAUAAAUCAAUUUAAGGAGCAAGCGCAGAUAAGAAAGUACUGAAUAUUAUCACUGUGAAAGCUUCUUUCACUGAAGCCAUCAAUUUUGGUGCCAUAUUGAGUCACGAACCAUGUACACAUUGACUUUGUACACAUGCCUUGUUUUCAAAUGAAAAAGUUUAGAUUUUUUAAAUACAACUUUGUGCCAGGUUUUGAAAUUUAGGUUUGUUGCUAUGUUUUACACAUGUUAAAUGCUAUCAUAUUGUUAAUUAAAUAUCUAAGUAGUUUUUAUUUAUUUAUUUUUUGGUAUACCAAAAUUGGGUCCAUGCCCUUUUAAUCAGAUAAUAGAAUUAAUCGGAAAUUACAAUAUUAUGUAUUGCAUGUAUAUGAAUUAGAUAAUACAUAUGUACAUGUAGAUCGGUAUUUUUAUGGUAAACUCGUGUUAGUUGAAGGAUUUGCUGAAGAAUCUACGGAAGGUACAUGUAGUAAUUGUGAUCUGCCAUGGGUAAGAAUAGCACAUGUAAUCUUGAUCAAUAAAUUAAAUAAAAGUCAAAAAGCUUCCAUAAAUCAUGGCAUUUGAAGAUUUCAUUAUAAGAUAAUCGCCCUGUAUUUGAUUUUGUAUAGAAAGGAAUUUGUAUUUCUGUUAAAAUCAAUAAUUAUUCUUAAUAGUUAUGAAUUAUAAUUGGGAUGUGUUUCACUUUUUGUAGAAAUUUGUAAUCGUUAAAGCUGUAUGACCCGAUGUUCAUGUAUUAUUUUUGUACAUAAUUACUUUAAAGCAGAUUAAUUACUUUAUAUAGUUAUUAACUUUCCCUUAAUUACAUUCUUGAAAACAUCUGCAUGUAAAAGAAAACUGAGAAUAUUAUUUAUAAAGUAAAUAUAGUGGGUACAUAUAUAAAUCAUCCCAUAAUAGACGUCUAUGAAUAGACCCACGCACGUCAGGGGAAUCCCAACAUGAUGUAUUAACUCAUACGCAACUGUCUAGUUUUAAGGCUGAAAGAGCGUAAAACAACGAAUUACUAAGAGGUAUUUGAUAUUUUUAUUUCUAUCAAACUUAUGGCACGGUACUGUUAUAACAAAAUACACAGCUUUACACAGAUAAGACCACCGAUGAUCUGAAAGUUUGAACUGGUCGCGUGACUGUCACUUGAAAUGGCAGAGUGACGCGGUUAUUUGUAAACAUCGAUUUAAAAUCAAAUAAUUUGGGUUAAAACAGGUGAAAUAAUUUAUGAUAUGUCAUACAGCCUCAUAACUACAUAUGUGCAAUGAUUUAAUAGCGUUUUUACGAGAUGGAAAAAAAUAUUGUAAUUCGGACCAUACAGCUUUAAAGAUAAUUUACCUGUGAUUAAGAUUUGUUAGUUGAGGCCUGUCUACAUUUUUAUAUGAAUACUUGUUUCUAAGUCAGAUCCACACAAUGUACAUGUUCUUUAUUAAUAUCAGACAGGGUCUUUCCAAACCCACAAUUUAAAUGUCUUCGUAAAAAUUGUACACUUGUAAGCAUAUAUAGUCUGGACAGGAAUUUUUGAAAAUUAGGAAAAGAAUCAAUCUGAUGAAAAUUAGGUGUUAGAUCCACUUGCAUCACAUGAUACCAAAUUAUGUGAAUAAGUUGAUUAUCAAAAUAGACUGGGAAAGAAACUGAAGCCUCCUCCCACAACUCGCAUCUAAUGAAAUAUUUGGAGUGUUUUUAAAGCAUUUAAAUGUAUUCCUUUCUCUCUUUGAAGAGGCUAUUUUGUAUCCACAUAAGCAUUCCAUUUUGCUAUGUUUCAAUGAAUGCGUGGAGUCUUGAAGCAACAUAUAUAGUAAUUAAAUUUUGACCUCAGUAGAUUCAAAUGUUAUAGAAAAGAGAUUAAUACAUGUUGGAAAAAAAGGGGAAAAUGACAAAAUUCCAGACAGUCAAAUUCAAGGAGCUUAAGGAAAGUGUUCAGCGAUAUGUAAGAUUACACAGAAUGUAGAUCUGUUGUCAUUAUAGAAAGCUGUAACAAAGUUUCUGGAAAAAAACUGCUAAUUCUGAAUAAAAAUUGAUAUGCAUA